GGAAGGCAAAGAGCGACCGCAGGUCGUGGAGGAGCACGGGGGAGACUACUUAUAAGUGCAUACAAUACCGCACGGCCUUAGAAGGUUGGAAGAGAAGUGAUCAGAUUUGCUAAUAAGUUCUUAAAUAUUCGCACCCGUGGGACCAGUGAACACAGUUUGGCAAUUGAAGUAUUCGUAUAAUUCGAAUAUUAUAUGCGAGAUACGAAAAUAUCCGAAGCCUAACCGAAUCAACGAAGAUAUCGACGAUUGGUCKACGAUUGACCAGUGCGAAUACCGAGAGUACGACCCGCGAUACUUGAAAGAUGGAAGAUUUGUGCAGAAUCGAAGCUAAAGAUCAAACAUUUUUUCUCGUUACUAAGACUUUAAACGAGGGAAAAGACGGCUUCAAGCUAACGCUAUGUGAUGGAGAACAAGUAUGGAGAAGAACAGUGUCAAAAGAGGAAGUGCAAUGCAUGGCCGAGGGUGUAGACAUGAGCAUAGGCRAAUAUGUGGAACAAUCUAUUGGUGCGCUAACACAACAGUCUUUACAUAAAGCAAGCUUUGUUUAUGAUGUCCUAAAACAAGAUCAUAAUCUACAGUUCUCAUGGAAAAAAAAGCUUGAAGAUGGAGUAAAGUUUCAGAUGGGUUCUGUCAUGUUAACAAAAGAAGAAGACUGCCGUAAGUCGAUGAUUGAGAUACUUAGCCUAGCCGUCAACCAUAUAACACAUCAUAAGGAAGAGAUAUCUAGUUUGAAAUCAGAAAAUAGCAGACUUUCAAAUGAAAGGAAAAGUGCAAUGAAACUUCUGGAAAAAUGCACUACUGCAAAAGAUGAGAUGGAAAAAGAUCUCUUUGAAAAGUUUGCUGCUGUGCUAAAUCAAAAGAAAGCAAAAAUAAGACAACUACAAUCCCAGGUUUCAGAAUACGCCAAAGACAUGACAGAUGCAGGACAAAAGAAGAAGAAACCAAGGAGAAGAUCUUUAUCAGAAAGUGAGAGUGCUGGUAGUAGGACCCCUUCCCCAUGUCCAGAAGAUACGUCACAAGGCGCAACAGCUGAAGAAAGUGCAUCCAACGCAGCAACUCCUUUGUUUUUGGCUGAAGAUGAAGAGAAACCAAUGGAGAUGAAUACUAGAAGACGGAUACGUAGAGGACCUAAAAAGGAAACACCAAGAAGCAAACUUGUUCUACCCAAAGUGCCUGCAGUUAAGAAAACACCCAGUUCUUCCUCUGAAGACAGUCUCAGCACACCUCGGCUUAGGAAGAGAACAAAAGAGAAACCAUCCCUAGAUCCUGAUGAACUAAUGGCCGAGAUGGGACUUUAAUCAAUAAAAGAUUCUCACUGACAAGAACGAAAGAUAACUAAAACUUACUAUCCAUGAGUUCAGCAUGAGGAUAACGUCUGGCUAUAUCUCUGACCAUGGAUUGUGUGCAAGCCAAAGCGACUUCGUAUUCAGGCACGCCUUCUUUAAUCACGUCUACACCAGCCUCACAGCCCAGAUCACAAACAGCUGCACCUUGUUUGAUGUGUGCUAUCUCCUCAUCAGAUUUGAUCAUUCUCAUCUUCAUCGUUGGAUCCCCUACAUCCAGUAAAUCCGCCUUGGGCAACGCUUCCUUGAAUUUGUUGAAGCUUACCAAGUUAACGUGGUCGAAUUCUAAUCCUAUGGUUUUGAAUUCUCCGGCGAGGUGGUUGACCACGUUGAAAUAGUUGUCUUUUUGCCAGUCGGUGUAGAUAACGUUGUCCCCAUACGUUCUUCGCCAUGGUUGACCGUAAUCAAUAUCUUACAACAAGAAAUAAAAACAUUUUAGAUUCUGCCUAAUAAAUGUAAAAGACCCUUGUAGGUUUGGCGUAAAGUUUCCCUAUUUCAGACCACGUGUCAUUCCCUUGAGUAUUAUUAAUUUUCUAGAUCCAGUUACUUUGGGCAAUYACAUGUCAUUCCCUUGAGUAUUAUUUCUUUUAUAGACCCUUUUUAUUUUGAGUAUAAUUUUUCCUUAUUUCAGACCACGUGUUAUUCCCUUGAUUAUCAUUUCUUUUAAGCCUGGUUCUUACUAGCGACGCAAGCCGACUCAAGCACAAGAACAAGCAAACACAAGAAAAAAAUCGUUCGUCUUCUUGCGUUUGCGCCGCUUUUUUCAUAGUGAGAACAUGCAUUAGCUUGGAGUUGCGUCUGCUAUGCUUUCGUUGGCUUGAGUCCACAGUGAGAACCAAGCUUCAUAGAACCUUUGGUCUGAAUUAUUUAAAAAAAAUAUUAGGCCCAAAGUUACAGCGCAACGCGCAAAAGUGUGACCACAUUUAAUGUAUUCGCUGAAACUUCUAUUCAAGGGUACUGUACGUUAAACUGACAUAUUGUGAUGCGAAACUGGCUAGUUUAACCUAAUAAGGCGUGUAAACGCUAGUUUGGCAGGAAAAAGCCCGUGAAUACAUUAAAUGUGGUCACACUUUUGCACCUUGCGUUGUAGGGGUGGAUUGGAAAACAUUGCUUCCAAAGAGGACUAUACUUACUCGCAGAUACACUAGUAGACUUUUCCGCAGUCACCACCAAACCGUAAGGUCUUCCAAAAUAACAGUAGACGAAAUCGCUAAAAUAAUUGAUGUUGUGAUAGGAGGUAAAUACGCAUGCGCCGAUGCCUUUCUCUUCCAUGUGCGUCCGCAGCAUGUUGAGUCUGCGGUCCAUUUCUUGAGAGCUGAAUGUUGGUUUAACCUAAUGACGGUCAACAAAAAAACAUUWAAAAAAAAAAUUACUUUGACUUA